UACGACCAUCGUCACUAUGGCAACAGUGAUUGCUCAACUUACGUCCAAGAUGGCGGACGAAGAAGCUCUAGAAAUACGGCCUUUCUCUUGUCCUGUCGGACCCCUUAGCGAUCGUAAGCUAAGCGCUGAAAAGCUCCCUAACACAAGACCGUUUUCUAUGGGUGCAGUGCAAGAAGGAGACGAAGAAGAGCUAUCAGAAGAACUUCUGGAAGAAAUUUUAAUCGAGCGUUCUAAAGGUGGUGAUAGUCUCGCCAAAUUUCAACUGGGACAGUUCUACUUUGAGCGGGAAAUUUACGACAAAGCUCUGGUCGCAUUUGAAAGAAUCAAGAGCACAGAUUUUCAAGCAAAAUACCAACUUGGUGUGAUGUACUAUGAUGGAAUUGGAACAAACGCCAACCCGGUAAAAGGAUUUGAACAUCUCAAAGAAAUAGCAGAAUCCGCCAAUCCUGAUGCAGCACACCUGAUUCCAUUUGCCCAGUAUAAUGUUGGCAGGGCUUACUAUGAAGGAUUUGGUGUCAAACAGUCUGACAAGGAGGCAGAGAGGUGGCUCCUUGCUGCUGCACAGGAUGGCGAACCAAGUGGGAGCAUUAAGGCGCAAACUGUCUUGGGUUUGUUCUACUCACGACCUGAUGAAGAGUCCUUUGACUUGCAAAAGGCAUACUUUUGGCAUCAGGAAGCCACUGGAAAUGGAAGCCUAGAGUCACAAGGUGCAUUAGGUGUGAUGUUUGAGUAUGGCAUUGGUGUUCGGCGAGAUGGUGAAGCAGCUUUUAAGUGUCUGAAGGAAGCAGCUGCUAGAGGAAAUGUCUAUGCCCAGGGUAACUUAGCUGUUCAUUAUUACAGAAGAAAACUGUUAAACAAGGCUGCUGAUGUGGCAAAAAGUGUUGGAGAGCAAGAGGACAUACAAGGCCUUGCUCUUGAAACUGACUGUCUGCCUCGCUAUGUGGCUAAAGGAAUCGCCCUAGGAUGUUUUGUUUAUGGCCGCUGUUUACAUCAUGGAUUAGGAGUGGAACAAAAUAGAGAGCAGGCGAAGCACUGGUAUUCAAGGGCUGGCUCCUUUGAUCUUGAUGUAGUGGCUAGGCUGCAGGAUGAAAUGACCUACGGUUAUAUCUAAAGCUUAUACUGUCAAACCAUGCAAACUCUAUACGGAAUGUGUACAAAAUGCCUGUAAGAAGAAACGGCAGGUCACCACGAGAAAAUAUCCACUUGUCCAAGAAAAAUGCUGUUUAUAGCUAUUUGCUACGUUGACAUCGUGUGUAUAAAAUACAUAGCUUUCUAUAUGCAACAGUGCACAAUUAAUUUUAGCUUUCCUGUAUAGUGAAUCAGACUUAAUUUUACACGCUUGUUUUUAACUUAUUCUGUUUGAAAGAAUAAAGGCAUUCCGCCUCUAACUCAGUGAAGGCGAAAGAAAAAUAGCUUCGAAAAAUCCGAGGUUUGAUCAUUUUUGAAAGCACUGUCGUGUUGAUACUAGAUUGUGUAUAUAACUUUUCAUUCGUUCAAAGCAAAGUUUCUCUUUUCUAAGCAAAAAAAAAAAGAAGAUUCUGAUGUGGUUCAUGCAUUUUCUGCGUUGUUGUUUGUUUGUUUGUUUGUUUUGUUUUGUUUUUCACUUUCUGAAGGCACAUACAAUGCCGUUUCUCGUACCAUGAUUAUUAUCUUUACACCCUAUAAAGUGUUUCUUGUGUUUUUUUUUUUUUUUUUUUUUUUUGUAACGUUUUCUUUUCUUAAUAUCACUUUGUGUUUCUCUGAAAAUCGCUGAGUCCUUCUUAAACUUCAGCUUGGUAAAGUAGCAUACUUACUUAGAGUGUGCCAGAUACAGUAAUUUUAAUUUCAUUCCCGGUAUUUAUUGCCUAGAUGUAAAUAUGUUGACAUAAGGUUGUACAGAACUGACUCGAAAACCAUGUAAAAUAUACAAGAAGAGUAUUUUGACUGAGUUAAAUAAAUAUUGUCAUGAGCUUU